UCCUCCCGAACUGAACAACACACACAAGACACAGAGGACUGGACAGAAAACAGAUAUUGCCUCUCCUGGUCCUUGCCUCCAUCUUCUCCCAUUUUGUCAUUACCUCACUUCAUCUGCGUCCCCCCAACACACACACAUACACACACACACGCUACACUGUACUUCUAUUUAUAUCUCUUUUGUCUAAUUUCAGUGCCCAGCCCAUUUAUUUUUACUUGAUCUUCUGGCUGCUUUUGCUCAAUUUGCCCAUCUAUCACAGGAUAGCUGAUAGCUGCCUUCCAAACCUUCACCUGCUUCACCCUAAACUUCUCAUCAUUUUAUUCUAAUUAACAACAUUUAUUAUCUGCACCUCUAAUCUUCAUUUGAAGUGCCCCGUCCCAUUGCCCGUACUUCCUCGGUUCUGGCCACUUUAGAUCAGUAUGUGGUCCAACUUCUUUGUACAGCAGGAUGAGGAGGGUCGCGCUGGAGUGGCAGGACAAAGUGGAGGUUUGGCUGGAAUGAAAGGUGGUAGAGGACAGAGGCGGAUUCACAAGAUGAGUGACAGCCAGGAGGGAAAGAUCAAGCUGGCAUUCUUUGUGUCUAUCGUUGGUGUGACCCUGACGGUGCUGGGCAUGGGGACAGAGUUUUGGGUGGAGCUGGCCCAACCAAAGAAUUUCAGCGGCAACCAGACCUGCCAGAUGGCCCACUACGGCCUUUGGAAGGGCUGCAUCCGCACCCUAUGGGUGGCUGACAUAGACCCAGAGAGGACAAGCUGUGGUCCUGCUGAUCUACCUGGAGAAUCCAACUGUACUUACUUCAAAUUCUUCACCUCUGGGGAGAAUGCAGUCAUAUUCAAGAAGACAACUAACAAGAGUCUGAAUCUAGCAGCAGCUAUUUUGGCCCUUUUGAGUCUGACCAUGAUGGUGAUGGGCUCCAUAUGCAUCGCCAUGUCGCUCAGCAAAGGAGUCCAAUUCUUUCUUAAGCCAGCCUCCUUCUGUUUCAUCCUAUCAGGUGUACUGGUCCUUCUGUCUGUCCUCAUAUUCCACCAGUCUGUGCUGGCCUUGUUGUCCAGUGACCACUCCAUACCUUUGCACCAUGAGCUGUCCUGGUCUGUGGCCUGUGUGGGCUCAGCGGGAGCCAUUCUUAUUUUCGGAGGUGUUCUCUUCGUCAUUCUCGCUCUUCCUUUCAGCCCAUGGCAGAAAUGCUUUCCACACAAGAACAACGCCACCUAGCUCUCCAAUGCUGAAAUAUGCACACAACAUUUAUGAUGUCUUGUUUAACAGGAAGUAAAAACACAUUUUUGACAGCUGUGAUGUUGAGCUUGCUCUUGGCAUUGGAUUUGCCAGAGAAGUCAUACUAACUUGGUCUUAAAUUUAUGAAGGGGAGUCAACAGCACACACAUUACACAGAAAGGCCUCCAGAGAUAGAUUUUGCAAUGCUUUGCUUUUGUUAAUUUUAGUAGAAAAAAGAGAGACUGACAGGUGCAGUGCUGACUCCUGUUUACUCAAACCUGAGUCACACAUAGAUUUGUUAUCCCGCCUAUAGCUGUACAAACAUAUAAAUCCAGGCUUUCUACUGGCAGAAGUAGUGUGAAUCUUUUCUUUAUUUUAAUUGCUUGGAAUUCAUCACCACCAUAGUUAAAGCUUGGCACAGUACAGAACUGCAUGGUUAGAUAGACUAUAAGAUCAUAACACUUGUUAGAACAUUUACAUGACCUUCAUUUUUUGCAGUAAUGUGUACAGAUAAGAUAAGGGAAAAUGUUUUUGUUUUUUUUACCCACCCACCCACUCAGUUCUCAUGCCUACCAAUGUCAACUAACUUUAUAAUCUCCACUUGCUGUACUUGGAAGAAUGUGACAAAAAAAAAAAUGCAAUAGAAAGUCCAAAUUUGGACUUAAAUUUUUCAAAUGAUGAAUGAGUAAGUAGGAACUUUAGAGUCAGGCUGUUUAUUUAUUUAUUCUUAUUUAUAUUUAUACCAUACUUAACUUGCCACGUAUCAUCAUUAAAUAUCACAUUAUUAAUACAUACUAUGGUUUUGAUAGUGCUAUCAAUCAGAAAGGAAGAGGUUGUUAUAUGAUGUACAUGUUACCAUAUGAAUAGAGCAAGCAGUAAAUUCUAUGAAGCUUUUUAACACUUAAUACUUGAUAAACGAGGCUUUGUGUGU